GCGAGUGCGUGGGGUUUCCUUUAGUUUCACCUUUGUAGAGAUGAGGCUUUUAUUCUGAAAUGUGGAAGGGUGCUUGUCACCGAAUAUUACCAACGUCUUUAUAACGUUCGGCGAUUGAAAGACUUGGAGCGGCAGCGAGCAGUUUCCCCCAUCUUCUCAGGCGGUGGUCUGUGACGUCAUCGCAGCCCCGCCCCUCCACGCUCCUCUCCCGUUAGGUCCACCUGACUCUCUGAGCAGCGAUGAGUCACUCAGCGAGCUGAAUACCUCGCGGAUUAUUCCUUUGCCGUACAUACGCGUCCUCUGGGUUUUAAGACACAAGGGGAGGAGGGGGUCUGCAAGACGUCAGUAUCUGAGGAUCCCGAGCGUCGGCCAGCAGGAGGCACGAUGGGAGUCUCUGUGGUCUGUGUGGUGGUGCUGGCGUUCAUCCGUCACAGCCACAGCCUGACGUUACAAAACACCGUCUACAGGUCAACAAGGUCUCAGGAAAUAGUCGAUCCCAGCGAUUGUGUGUCCAGGACCAAGCCGAUGGUCUUUACAAACUCCCACAACUUCUCUCUGGACAUUCAGAUGCCUGGUGUCGUCCCAACUGCGUCGGAUACUUACCUGUGCACGGCAAUCGCUCUGCCAACCACUCGAGAGGCGUAUAUUGUGGACUUCAUGCCUCACGCCAGUAUGGACACAGUUCAUCACAUGCUUCUGUUCGGCUGCCAGACUCCUGUGUCCUCCAGCAGCUACUGGGACUGUGGGAGUGUAAAAGGCACUUGUGAAGAUGAACCCUCCAUUAUGUACGCCUGGGCUCGGAACGCACCGCCCACUAGAUUACCCAAAGAUGUUGGUUUUAAAGUCGGAAGAAAUUCUGGAAUGUCCCACCUUGUGCUGCAGAUCCAUUAUGGAGAUGCCAGUGCUUUCAAAGACCGUCAUAAAGACUGCUCAGGAGUUACCUUAAGAAUGACAUCCAAGCCGCAGCCAUUCAUUGCUGGCAUUUACCUGCUCAUGUCUGUGGACACAGUGAUCCUUCCAGGAAAAAGAGUUACAAAUGCCGACAUCGCUUGUGACUACACGUCAUAUCCCAUCUACCCGUUUGCCUUCAGGACUCACACACACCACCUCGGUCAAGUGGUCAGUGGCUACAGGAUCCGAGAGGGAAGGUGGAACCUGAUUGGAAGACAGUCCCCUCAGCGACCACAGGCUUUCUAUCCGGCCAACAAGGAGAUGAACGUGAAGUAUGGGGACACAAUUGCAGCCAGAUGUGUGUUUACGGGGGAGGGCAGAACCUCCAAAACAUAUAUUGGCGGUACCUCUGACGAUGAAAUGUGCAACUUCUAUAUAAUGUACUACAUGGAGAGCAAACAUGCCAUCCCCUACAUGAACUGCAUGGGUUCCGGCUCCAAGGAUCUGUUCCAGCACAUUCCAGCUGAGGCCAAUGUUCCCAUCACUGUCAGUUCAGGUCAUAUGAACUCGAUGAUGCAUAUGGGACACUCAACAGAUGACAAAUUGGCGUUGGAUAAAGACAAAGCAGAGCAGGUUCCGGAUCAGGGUGACCUCUAUUCUCUUAUGUCCAAGUUGCUAGGCCAGAACAACAACGUAGCUCACAUUCAUAAGUACAGUCCGAGCAAGAUGCGCAGCGUCCAGGCUGAGUUAAUGUCUCAGAUUGAUAGCUUGAUGCAAAAGAAAGAUGUGGGCUUCCCCACGGUAGCCUUCCACACCAGGGAGGAUCAGGUUUUAGUGAGGGACAGAGUCCACAAGUUCCAUCAGCUUGGGGCCACAGCCAAGCCACCAAGAAGCAAGCUGCUAGCUGAAGACUACCAUUUGGAGCAGAUCCCAACGUGGCCUCAGAGUUCUCUCCAGCUGGGUCAGGUGUCAGGACUUGCCGUGGACUCGGAUGCUAACUUGGUCAUUUUCCACAGAGGGGACCACCGCUGGGGGGCGAGUUCUUUUAACAGCCAGGCGAGAUACCAGCAGAGGUCCCAAGGUCCUAUUCAGCAGUCCACCAUCCUGGUUGUGGACCCGGCCAAAGGCAACAUUCUGAAGGCGUCGGGCAGAGAUAUGUUUUUUUUGCCUCACGGAAUAACAACAGACGAGAAGAAUAAUUACUGGGUGACUGAUGUGGCUCUUCAUCAGGUGUUAAAAGUGAGCAGCGAUGGCAGAGACCGAGUGUUGCUGACGCUUGGAGAGGCGUUCACGCCAGGAAGCGACAAUAACCACUUCUGCAAGCCCACUGACGUGGCGGUAGAACCUGAGACCGGGAACAUCUUCGUCUCUGACGGCUACUGCAAUGCUCGGAUAAUGAAGUUCUCCGCUGAGGGAAAAUACAUGUUUCAGUGGGGAGCAGGCUCCACAGAAAGGAAGAGGCGCGUCCCGUUCCGAAUCCCCCACAGCCUGGUGUUCCUUCCUGACAGACGGGAAGUGUGUGUGGCCGACCGGGAGAACGGGCGCAUCCAGUGCUUCAUCGCCCAAACCGGAGAGUUUGUCAAGGAAAUUAUGAAAGAGGAGUUUGGAGGGGAGGUGUUCGCCAUCACCUACAGCCCCGCCGGAGAUGUAUAUAUAUUCGCAGAAAUAUAUGACUCUAUAUAUCGCUAUAAUCCACUCAGAGGUUUUGUAAUAGAUUAUUCAACCAUGGAUAUUUUGGACACCUUCAAACCAGAGAUAAAGGAAUUUAAAAUGCCUCACGACAUAGUUGAAACCAAGGGUGGAAGCGUCUUUGUCGGGGAUGUCGGCAGUGGAUCGGUCUUCAAGUUCACCAAUGAGAAGUCACAUCGCUCUGUCAAGAAGGCUGGAAUCGAGGUUGAAGAACUCGAUGAAAUUGAGACGUUUGUCCAAACCAAAGUGAGGCCGGAGUACAACGUGUCAAAGACAGCAGCCGUCCAGGAGAAGCAAACCGUGUCCCUUCAGCCUGAACCUCAGGACGAGGACGAGGAGGAGAAGAAGAAGAAGAAGAGUGCAGCCAAGCCCGGCAGAGAGCAGGCGGUUCUCCCAGCGGUCAUCACCACCCUGCUGCUCAUCCCGCUGCUGGUGGUCAUCUUCGUCGGAGUCUUCAUCUGCUGUAGAAAAAACCAUGCGUUUGAGGUGAAAACGGAACCCGGUUCUGUGAGAGGGAUCUUGGGAAAAAUAAGAGGUAUGGCUCUGUCGCGGUCUGACCUGGGGAACUUCUUUGCGUCCCGCAAGGGUUACAGUCGCCAGGGCUUCGACCAGCUGAGCACCGAAGGCAGCGACCAGGAGAGGAACGAGGCGGGCAGCAGCGACUCGGAGAACGAGGAGUACUCCGCUCUGCCACCUCCUCCGCCCUCGUCUUAGGCGCCAAUCUCCUGCUUACGCCGCCAAGAUGUACGUUAUUCAUCAUGUGUAUUGCUGUUGUGUUGGCUGCCAAUCUCGUUGUUUAUAUGAUUAAAAAUAGGUUGUAUAAAAGAGCAUAACUUCGAUGUAACCUUCAUGAGAUUGACCGCAGACUUGAUACAGCCUUGUUGACAAAAUUCAGAAGUCGCUACGACAGGUUGUUUCCCCCAAUCAAACUGCCUCUGGUGUAAUUAUCAGCACAAAGUCCUGGACAAAUGUUAAAAAUGUGUGCUGUCAGAUUCCGCCGAUGUUCAGGGAUUUGAAAAAUAUCAAUGAAAUUCUCCAAUCAAGUUAUUUUUUUUAUUUGAAGCAGAUGAAAACAGAUCUAAGCUGUAUUUUUAUUCAUACGACUUCCCAAAAUAACUUCAUUAGACACAGAAGUAUUUCAAAGUUACAUUAUUAUCUGUAGUCAACGGUACCUGUUUCACAGCCUGAAGGGUUGUGUUGUCAUGGCAACACCGUGAGCAUCACACGGUCACAGUUUGCUUUCUCCUGGCGCUGAAAUUCACUUUGUCUACCUGGUGCCCCUUCACAUGAAAUCCCCCUUAAUCACUUAUAACGUGCGUGUCAAUAUCGUCCAGAUCUACGGUUGGAUUUUAACGUCACAAGUCACCUGUCGGCUGUUUAUUUUGCUGUUCAGGGUUUUAAUUUGAGUCCGAACUAAACAUGAAAAUACUGUUUUUUUCAUUUCAAUAUCUGAGUAGGAAUUAAGUCGAGCAGGAUUAACUGGAUGCAUUUUGAUCUUAAAUAUAAGUGGUUUAAUAACAACGCUGAUAUUGCAUAUUGUUCAGGCUGUUUGGUUUUACUCUAUUAAAGCAACACAGCAAUUUAGAUCCACAUGAUUGUUUGCGCCAAGUUUUAGUUCAGUAACUAUUCACUUGUAUUUUGUGCCUUUUUACGUCUGUAUUCUGCCUUUCUUAAGCACUUGCCAUUACAAAAUGUACCGGAGAUGAGAACAGCUGCAGCUGCUAAAGCUACUACUGAAUUUAUUUCUCUUCCAUUCAAGGGAACAGAAAAUGGAUAUUAUUAUAUGUAUAUUUAUGUCUGUAUAUUUGUGUGUGCACAAUGCCAAUCAAACAGCCAAGUCUCAAGCACUGUAACUAUUACAUCGAUCUUACAAACUUCCAACAUUAUAAAGAAACUUUACAUUAAUUAACCACAUCGAAGUGGAAGUUUUAAACUCAUUACUAAGAAAUCAUCGGUAUUUUUGUGCUCUCUUUUGAAAUGCAAGCACUGCGGUCAAAACUUACUAUGGUGGAGUUGUUCAUCACAAAGAACAUUGUUCUUUAAUGAACAAACAUUGUAGUCAUUUAAAAAAAUCUGCACUACAUGUCCUUAAAUGAUUUAUUUCGCUGAAUAAUCUGGCAGUUUCUGGAUUAAUCAUCUGCAAAAUGUAUUGAUAAUUAUCCAUCUGUGUUCCCUUUAGCUCAAACUGAUCAAUGGAAAUAUAUUUUAUUCAAAACCCAAAGCUACUAAUGAUACAGUGCCGAUGAACCGGUGAGAAGUUCAUGAUAUUCUUCCUUAAAUUGUAAUUUGUUAGUCAAUCAUUCGUGGGCACAUCAAAUGUCCCACUGUUUCUUUACAACACAAGUGAACUUCGAUGGUAAGAAACAUGCUUCACUCAAACCAUCAGUCACAGGCCUCAAAGUGCAUCGGAAUCAAGGACAUGAGUAACACCAAUAAUUAUACAACAAUGAAUGUCAAUUAAUAAAAGACGAUCCAACACACACACAACUGGUUGCAUAGGGAGUAGGUCGCUUGCCAAAUCCAAAUAUUCACUUCUGUAUCCUCGGGUUUCUUUUAAUGUCCUCAAUAUUUCGUCAGCUAUUCUUAAAUUUCGUUUACAUUUCUCAGACCAUUAAAUAUUUCUAUUCUAUCAAUAUCUACUAUAUGUACCGAUCUGUAUUCGUGAUAUUACACUUUGUAUGGAUGACUUCGUUAAUGGCAUGCGCGAGAAAUUGCAUUCCAAUGUUGCAGUCACGUGUGGGCUAUCUGAUAUUUAUUUUGACACACUGGUUUUACUGCAAGAGUACUAUUUUUUAGUAACUGUUAUUUGUGUAAUAAAGUAUCUGCAAAGCAUCA